UCGAUUUCCAUUUUCGCCCGGGCGCAGAUAGGCGUCCGUUUUCUAUCGUAACGAGAAAUUAAACCAGUAAACGGACUCGCUGUUUCUUAUUACCUGGCGGAGAAUGCCACUAUAAUGGGGGUAUUUCACGGAAAUGGACUUUGUAGCUGUUUACAUUCGUGCAAAUUCUGAAUAAAAAAACACAUCCUGUCGCGCGCAAGCUAGCUAACGUUAGUUCACGCCAUACUGACCGUCCGGUGGUUUCGGUGAGUCUUUAAACGAGGGGUAUAUAAACAGUCCUACUGCGACACAGUUCUGAACAGCAAACAUGUCUGGGGCAUCCGUAAAAGUUGCCGUUCGAGUUCGGCCUUUCAACACCAGGGAAAUAAGCAAGGAGUCCAAAUGUAUCAUUCAGAUGCAAGGCAACACUACAACUAUCCUCAACCCCAAAGCCCCAAAGGAACCAGCAAAGACCUUCAGUUUUGAUUAUUCCUACUGGUCACACACCACACCUGAAGAUUCCUGCUUUGCAUCACAGAACCGUGUCUUCAAUGAUAUUGGAAAAGAAAUGCUGGAGCAUGCUUUUGAGGGCUAUAACGUCUGCAUUUUUGCUUAUGGCCAGACUGGAGCUGGCAAAUCCUAUACUAUGAUGGGCAAACAGGAGGAGGGACAGGAAGGAAUCAUUCCCAUGCUCUGUGAAGAUCUGUUUGAGAAAAUCAAUGAGGACAGCAACAAAGAGGAGCUCUCCUAUUCAGUGGAGGUCAGUUACAUGGAGAUCUACUGUGAGCGGGUGCGAGAUUUGCUCAAUCCCAAGAACAAGGGGAACCUACGAGUGCGAGAGCAUCCGCUGCUCGGUCCCUAUGUCGAAGACCUGUCUAAGCUAGCUGUUACCUCCUACACAGACAUUGCUGACUUAAUGGAUGCAGGAAACAAGGCCAGAACUGUUGCUGCCACCAACAUGAAUGAAACCAGCAGCAGGUCCCACGCAGUUUUCACUAUCGUCUUCACACAGAGAAAACAUGACAAUGAGACAGAUCUCACCACAGAAAAGGUCAGUAAAAUUAGUUUGGUAGAUUUGGCAGGAAGUGAGCGUGCAGAUUCCACCGGAGCUAAAGGUACCAGGCUAAAGGAAGGAGCAAAUAUCAACAAAUCUCUUACUACGUUAGGAAAAGUUAUUUCUGCCUUGGCUGAAGUGGAUAACUGUACCAGCAAGAGCAAAAAGAAGAAAAAGACCGACUUCAUCCCAUACAGAGACUCUGUUCUGACCUGGCUGCUGAGGGAGAAUCUCGGUGGAAACUCCAGAACAGCUAUGGUAGCUGCUCUCAGUCCUGCAGAUAUCAACUAUGAUGAAACUCUCAGUACUCUGCGUUAUGCUGACCGAGCAAAGAACAUCAAAUGCAAUGCUGUCAUCAAUGAAGAUCCCAAUAAUAAGUUGGUGCGUGAUCUGAAGGACGAAGUGGCUCGACUGAAGGAGUUGCUUCGUGCUCAGGGACUGGGAGACAUCCUGGACACCCCUAUUGGUUCCCUGACAGCUUCUCCAUCCUCUGGCGCUCUCUGCAGCCAGGGAGGUCUACAGUCUGUCACCAGCAUCCAGGAGCGCAUCAUGUCCACACCUGGAGGGGAGGAGGCCAUUGAAAGACUCAAGGAGUCAGAAAAGAUCAUCGCCGAGCUCAAUGAAACCUGGGAGGAAAAACUACGGAAGACUGAGGCGAUCCGAAUGGAGAGAGAGGCUUUGCUGGCAGAAAUGGGUGUGGCAAUUCGUGAAGAUGGAGGCACUCUGGGUGUGUUUUCUCCUAAAAAGACUCCACACUUGGUCAACCUGAAUGAGGAUCCACUCAUGUCGGAGUGUCUGCUCUACUACAUAAAAGAUGGGAUUACAAGGGUUGGUCAGGCUGAUGCUGAGAGAAGGCAGGACAUUGUUUUAAGUGGAGCUCACAUCAAGGAAGAGCACUGCAUCUUCCGCAGCGAGAAGAACGCCAACGGAGAUGUUAUUGUGCUGCUGGUGCCCUGCGAGGGAUCAGAAACCUACGUCAACGGCAAACGUGUUGAGGAUGCAAUCCAGCUUCGUUCAGGCAAUCGCAUCAUUAUGGGAAAGAACCAUGUAUUCAGGUUCAACCACCCAGAGCAGGCCAGAGCCGAAAGAGAGAAAACUCCAACUGCUGAAACUCCUGUGGAGCCUGUGGAUUGGACGUUUGCUCAGAGGGAGCUGCUGGAGAAACAGGGAAUUGACAUGAAACAGGAGAUGGAGAAAAGGCUCACUGAGAUGGAAAUAUUGUACAAAAAGGAGAAGGAAGAAGCAGAUCAGCUUCUGGAACAACAACGACUGGUUUACGAGAGCAAACUGCAGGAACUUCAGAAACAGGUGGAGACUCGCUCUCUGGUAGCAGAGACACCCGAUGAGGAGGAGCUGGAGGAGGAAGAGGAGGAGGAAGUGCCGUGGACCCAGCAUGAGUUUGAGCUGGCUCAGUGGGCCUUCAGGAAGUGGAGGUACCAUCAGUUCACCUCCCUGCGAGACCAGCUGUGGGGGAACGCAGUCUACCUGAAGGAGGCCAAUGCUAUUAGCGUGGAGCUAAAGAAGAAAGUCCAGUUCCAGUUUGUCUUGCUGACAGACACGCUGUACUCUCCGCUGCCCCCUGAGCUUCUGCCCCCUGAUCCAGAGAAAGAGCGUGACCCCAGACCUUUCCCUCGCACUGUGGUGGCCGUUGAGGUUCAAGACCUGAAGAAUGGAGCCACGCACUACUGGUCCCUUGAAAAACUCAAGCAGAGGCUGGAACAGAUGAGAGAGAUGUACGACCGUGCUGGAGAAAUGGCCUCCACUCACCAGGAUGAUGGGGAGGGAGCUUUGACAGGAAAUGAUCCCUUCUACGACCGUUUCCACUGGUUUAAGCUCGUCGGGAGCUCCCCCAUCUUCCAAGGCUGUGUUAAUGAGCACAUGGUUGACCGCACACCCUCUCCCACCUUCUCCACCACCGACUCUGAGAUCACCGAGCUUGCGGAUGAGCGACAGAGCGAGAUGUCCGACAUUAUAGAUGAUGAGGCGUUUGUGGACGACACCAGCUCAGACGCAGGCACAGAGGAGGGCUCGGACAUCUUCAGUGAUGGCCAGGACCCCUUCUACGACCGCUCCCCCUGGUUCAUCCUGGUGGGAAGAGCUUUUGUGUACCUCAGCAACCUGCUGUACCCUGUGCCACUUGUCCACCGGGUUGCCAUAGUAACAGAGAAGGGUGAGGUGCAGGGUUUCCUGCACGUGGGGGUCCAGGCCAUAGCUGCUGACGAGGAGGCUCCAGACUACGGAUCAGGAGUGAGACAGUCGGGAACCGCCAAGAUUUCUUUUGAUGAUGAGUACUUCAAAAAGAAUGAUUUUCCCUCUAAUGUCAUGACCCGCUCUGGCUUGUCCCUGGAAGAGCUGCGCAUUGUGGAGGGUCAGGGUCAAAGUUCAGAGGUCAUCACGCCCUCAGAGGAGCUCAACAGAAUUAAUGACAUGGACCUUAAACUGGGUAAUGUCACAGACACCAAGCUGAGCCUCAGUGAGGGGCUGGCAGGCCAGCUGGAGGUGGGCAGCAUCUUUACCUUCCGUGUUACUGUCCUCCAGGCCAGCGGCAUCCCCCCUGAGUAUGCUGACAUCUUCUGUCAAUUCAAUUUCCUUCAUCGUCACGACGAGGCUUUUUCCACAGAGCCUUUGAAAAACACAGGCAAAGGAGCUCCUCUGGGCUUUUACCAUGUUCAGAAUAUUUCAGUGGAGGUCACAGAGUCUUUUAUGGAGUACAUCAAGACCAAGCCCAUUGUGUUUGAGGUGUUUGGUCACUACCAGCAGCACCCGCUGCAUAUUCAUGGCCAGGACCUGAUCAGUCCUCCAACACCUUCAAGAAAAUAUUAUCCCAUUCCCAUGCCUCUGUCUAAACCAGUUCCAGCCACCAAGCUGAACACAAUCACCAAAUCAAACCUGGGUCUGUGUGUCAGCAAGUAUGACCUGCUCGUCUGGUUUGAGAUCAGCGAGCUGGAGCCCACUGGAGAGUACAUCCCAGCUAUAGUGGAUCACAGUGCAGGACUUCCCUGUCAUGGAACCUACCUCCUGCAUCAGGGGAUCCAACGCAGGAUCACAGUGACUCUCAUACAUGAAAAAGGCAGCGAGCUGCACUGGAAGGAUGUUCGUGAACUGGUUGUGGGCCGUAUCAGGAACAAGGCUGAAGUGGACGACAGCGCAGCCGAUGCUGUCCUGUCCCUGAACAUAAUUUCUGCCAAGAACAUCAAGUCAUCCCACAACACCAACAGAACUUUUUAUCGCUUCGAAGCAGUGUGGGACAGCUCACUGCACAACUCACUCCUGCUAAACCGAGUCACUCCUUAUGGAGAGAAGAUCUUCAUGACCCUGUCUGCAUAUCUGGAGCUGGACCAUUGCAUCCAGCCUGCCAUUAUCACCAAAGACAUCUGUAUGGUCUUCUACUCACGAGAUGCAAAGAUCUCCCCUCCCCGUUCUCUGAGAAACCUCUUUGGAAGUGGGUACUCCAAAACUCCUGACUGCAAUCGAGUGACCGGCAUCUAUGAGCUGAGCUUGUGUAAGAUGUCCGACUCCGGAAGUCCAGGCAUGCAGAGGAGGAGGAGAAAAGUCCUGGACACAUCAGUGGCUUAUGUGCGUGGAGAGGAGAACCUGGCCGGGUGGAGACCCAGAGGAGACAGUCUGAUCUCAGAGCACCAGUGGGAGCUGGAGAAGAUGGAGCAGCUACAUGAGGUGGAGAAGACCCGUCACCUCCUCCUGCUGAGGGAGAAGCUAGGAGAGACGGCUCCAGUGGAAACAACUCCCACCACCAAGUCCCUAAGCGAGACUCUGUCUCCCAGCCUGAGCUCAGGAACUCUGUCCACCUCCACCUCCAUCUCCUCGCAGAUCUCCAGCACCACCUGUGAGAGCGCCAUCACGCCCAGCGAGAGCAGCGGCUACGACUCGGCCGACAUCGAGAGCCUGGUGGAUCGUGAGAAGGAGCUGGCCACUAAGUGCCUGCGCCUCCUGACACACACCUUCAACAAUGAAUACAACCAGGUGAUCAACAGCAUCAGUGACUGCAAGCUGUCAGACAUCUCACCCAUCGGACGGGACCCAUCAGUGACCAGCUUCAGCAGCGCCACCCUCACCCCCUCCUCUACCUGCCCCUCUCUGUCUGACUCCCGCUGUGGCUCCUUAGACCAGAAGACCCCAGAGAACAGUUCUCGUGCCUCCAGCCCCUCCGGCUCAGAUUAUGAGAACUUCCCCCUAAUUCCUACUCUGGAGACGUCCUACCUUGCACGAGCAGGAAAGAAGGAGUUCUUAAACUUGCUGCCUGAUAUUGAAGAGAUGAGGCCAGGAUCUGUUGUCUCCAAGAAAGGUUUUCUGAGCUUCAUGGAACCGCGCUCCAACUCAUGGGUGAAGCACUUUGUGGUUGUUCGUCGGCCGUAUGUUUUCAUCUACAACAGUGACAAGGACCCGGUGGAGCGAGGCGUCCUCAAUCUGUCCACAGCCCAGGUGGAAUACAGCGAAGACCAGCAGGCCAUGCUCAAGACUCCCAACACAUUUGCUGUUUGCACAAAACAUCGAGGGAUCCUCCUGCAGGCCAACAAUGAGAAGGACCUGAACGACUGGCUGUACGCUUUUAAUCCUCUGCUCGCAGGGACAAUAAGAUCUAAGCUGGCGAGGAGACGCAGCGGCUUGACAAAGAACUGAGCGGAGCAGCACACUUGAACCUCCGGCUCUUUCUGAACAGCCUUUGAACAUACCAAGUGUUAACACUUAUUAAUCAUUGUGAUCUUGACGGUUUUCUCUUGUAAGUAGACUUGUGGCUUAAGUCUCCUUUCAUGCAACUAAAAGUUUCUGUUCCAGAGACGUUUUGCCUUCCUUGUUUCCUCCAGCUACCCCCCUCCUCCUGCCAGCUUUCCUUCUCUCCCAGCCUCUUUAACGUUUUGUGUUUGUUUUUGACCAAUGUUUGGGUCAGAUUUCCUUCUGCUUACUUGUCUCUCCUGAACUCCCUAACUAGUUGCAUGAUGUAGUAGUCUACUUGUGUGUGCACGGCUCGUUAGAAACAAGUUUUCAGUUUGCCGACCAUCUGUAAAAAGAAACGUCUGUCAGUGUUAUAUUUGUCUCCCAAAAUGACUUUUAUUUAUGUUUAUUUCUGAUAAUGUGCUCGCAUGAUAACUGCAGCAUUCCUCAGGAGAAAUUUAACUGAAAACAAAACAAAUCAAACAGCAAAUAGUUACAAUUAUCAAGGGAAAAUAUACAAAUAACUUCUUGUGAUGUAUUAGUUAAUGCUCUGCAAUGUGAAUUAUUGCUGCUAGUUUUUUUUUUUUAUC